CCCAGUUGUUCAAAGCUCCAUCUUCUCAACUAGCUUCCCAAAGCUUGCGUGCAUGGUCUUUUCGGCGCUUCGCGACGACGUAUGACAGAUAGCCGUCCUUUUUCGACCUGUAGCAGUCUCUUGCUCCUCGGUGGCAUCGCAUUGAUCUCCCCAAGCUGCGAAACCACCGAUAUAAUCUGGCUCGGUUUAGUUCGCCAUAUUUUCGGCCCCCAACCUACGCACACUCAGCUAUAGUCGUCGCGUUUAGGAGCCAACACCCAACACGCCAUACCCCCGUCUCAAUUCGAAGCCCGCUGGGAUUGACUGGCUGCCAUUGGCAGAUAGUAGGCCGUGGGCUGCUGACAGCGUAUUUGCCGCACCGCUAUCCCACCCCCCUCACACCUGAAUCGUGCCUACCACGCCAGCAUCAUGUCGCAUAGAGGUAGCCUCUCUUCUAUCAGCUCACACGAUAGCUCCAUCUUCUCUAAUGAUUCCGGCGUGUCCGCGUCAACUAUGACAACGAUGAUGAGCACAGGCACAGACAAUAGCUAUGCUCCUCCGACCAACGGUCUGCCUUGCGAGUUCGUGGGGUACGGCCGCUGUGAUCUAAUCUUCGCCCUAGACGACGUCGAGAACUGGAUCGAGCACAUCAUCAACGUGCAUCUCAGAAACAAGUUACCCCGGAAAGUGUUCUGCUGGUUCUGCGACGAGUACACCUUCGACUACAAGCGCGCGGGAGGAGACCGUCGCCUCAACUUCGAGCAGAGGAUGUGGCAUAUCCGCGACCACUUCAUGAACGAAAGCAGGACGGUCCAUAAUAUACGCCCCGACCACUACCUCAAUACACACCUGCACGAAAACAGCCUGAUAGGGGACGACCAGUACAACUCUGUGCGCAGAUACUCCGAGGUGCCGCAGCCCUCUUAUAUCCUAGACUCGAACGCCCCGCAAGAAGACUGGGGGACGGCGAGCGGGUCGCGCAACCAAUUUGUGGUCACCGAAACCUAUAAGGAGGACAGGAUGCAUCGGAGAGAGCGCAGGUCUGGAAAACACAAGCGAUAGUCAAGACUGGGUGAUGUGAUGUGAUGUGAUGUGAUGCGGUGCGCCCGUCACUGGUGACGAAUUGGAUCGGGGCGUGGCGACAAGGCACACGCGCGAUGGAAAUGAAUGAAUGAGAAAAAGAGGGUAGUGGUGUAUUAGCGUGCUGGACAAACAUAUUACGUU